AUGGAAAACCUAGAAUCAAACGCUGCGCAACCUCAAAAGUGGUUGGUCUUAAUUGGUAUAGACUUCUACAUGCCGGGGGGCGACAGACACGACGCAGCUGGUAACUCCCUCAGCUUUGGAAGCUUGAAUGGUUGUGUGCAGGAUGUUCGUUCAGUCGAGGAGUAUUUCAAAACGCAACUGAAAGUCGACCCAUCUCACAUUGUGGCACUUACCUCCACUAAAUCCAAACCUGGAAGUAAAUUACCAGUACAGGAGGAACCGAGAUAUUGGCCAACGUAUGAAAAUAUAGUCAAUCUUCUCAAGAAAGUAACCAAAGAGGCGAAAACGGGCGAUCUGGUCUACAUCCAUUAUUCUGGCCACGGUGCGCGAGUGAAGACGUCCUAUCCGAAUCUGAAAGGUGUUGGCGGUUAUGAUGAAGCCAUAGCUCCUCAUAAUAUUGGAUGUGGUGGACAAUACCUACGCGAUGUUGAGCUCGCAAUCCUUCUUGAUGCCAUGGUCAAGAAGGGAUUAAUCCUAACCGUUGUGCUCGACUGUUGCCACUCUGGGGGAGCCACGCGAGAUGGUAACACGGCCGUCGCGCGGGGUAUUGACGGAGUCGAUGAGACGGUGAGCCAUGACCAGAGGCGACAGCCCAUACCAGUACCCCCAGGUCUCACUGAGUCGCUCAAGAAGAGUUAUCGGAGCAUCGACCGAGAACUGUGGUGGGACCCACAAGGGUACGAAUUGAUCGCCGCUUGUCGUCUUCACGAGAAAGCCAAUGAAGACUUGAUUGAGGGGCAAUGGCACGGGGUCCUGACAUAUCAUUUGUUGUUAUUCCUCAAGUCUGGUGGUCUCAACCUCACGCACGGCAUGCUACAUCGAAGACUUCAGGUACAGAUAACGCAAGAUUGGAACGGGCAGCAAACACCUGUUUUUUCAGGAAAAAGUAACCGAUACUUUUUCGGGAGCGAAGAGGCGGGGUCUUUUCACACCCAUACCGUCAAAAAGGUCGAGGGAAACACCCUCAUAUUAGACGCGGGCAAAGCGCAUGGAGUAAUGGUCAACUCGGAAUAUGCAAUUUAUCCUUGGAACGAACUUCACUUCAGUGAUUCCAGCAAGCGACCAAAAGCUCGUGUUACUAAAGUAUUUGAACUGGAUUCAACAGCUAAAUUAGAAUUCCCAGCCCCUGACGUGAAAAUUGAGCCUGGCUUCCAGGCACUGCCGUUGAAAUCUCUGGUACUGAAACUGGCAGUUAAGCUUUUCCCAGGAACAUCUACGCCCACUGGGAAAGGGCUGUUCAAUAAGCUAGAGGAAGAACUCAGACGAAAUGCCCAGGAUUCCCCAGUGCAACUGAUUUCUGAUUCGGAAUCUACCGCGAAGUACCAUAUCGGUGUAGAUUUUUCCAAUAACUUCACACUCCUCGAUACCUCCAAUGAGCCCAUCAGCAACUUUCCACAAUCCACCAACCCGAAACAAUUCCUUCACAAUCUGAGACAUUUGGCAAGGUACGAGAUGUUUCGGGAAUUGAAAAAUCUUUCAGAGCCAGACAGCCUGAAGGAGAAGUAUUUUUUCGAGAUAGAAGGAUUCGACCCGGCUACUUGUGGGGCGACACACAGUGUAAGGGAUAAGUCUAGCAUAGCGAUCAAGUUCACGAAUAAGACCGGGGUACCAUUAAACAUCACGAUUUUCAAUUUUCAGUCAUCAUUAUGGUGUAUCGAAAAAGUUUUCCCUCCCCCUGGUCUGGAAUACGAAACCGUUCUCAACAACGACUAUAAAGAGUGCGAAUUUGAGAUGCUACUGUCCGAGAACUGGAGCCCGCUGUCUCCCGAUCAAAUUGAUUGCUUCAAAGUUUUCAUUACCCAGGAUCCAACGUCAUUCAGUGCUCUAGAGCUACCAGAACUUGGUCCUAACGGCGCAAGAUUGGAGCCUGGUUCCACCAGGGGUGAAAACGACCUCGAUGCCUUAUUAGCGGAGUUGGAUGUCGGUGACCGUAAAGCAAGACUUGCGCGCAGCUCGCAAGCGCGAAGAUUGUGGGCGACAUCUGAAGUUGAAGUGCGCACCGUUCCAGACGAGUCUCAUAUCACGCUCAGUGAGGGGCACUUUACGGACGAGGACCAUAGGGAAAUUAGUAGCGAGAACCAUGUUACGGACUAUGAUAAUAAAGCUACUCCUGGGGAGAAUUUUAAUAGCCGCAAUGAAGAGUCCCAUAAUGCCAGAGGCAACAACCCACAGAAAUCAUUUAACCCAUGGCCCCACGUUAAUUAG